ACGACAUUGCUGUUGGUGUCAUCGACUGCAAGUCCAUCCUAUUUCAUGCAAGCAAACGGAAAUGCAAUCACACAUACACAAACACAGGGUGUGUUUAUCGGAAACAGAUUACAGUCAUCACAAGUGGACGAAUACUUGAAUGUUCCAUUUGCACAACCACCGGUAGGUAACCUACGGUUUGCAAAAACACAAACCAUCAAACCUUACACAGAUGCAUCUCCACGUAAUGCUACCGUUCCUGGACCGAUUUGCAUUCAACCUUCUUCGGGCGAUAGUACUACCAGUCAAGUACAAUCAGAAGAUUGUCUACAGUUAAACAUCUACAAGCCAUCAAACGUUGGCUCUGGACGUCAUUUGCCGGUCAUGGUUUGGUUGUAUGGUGGAAGUUGGCAAGAAGGCAGUAUAAAUCAAGCACGUAUAAAUGCAACAAAUUUCGUAAAGAGAAGUAUGGAAUUGGAAGAACCUGUCAUUUGGGUUGCAGCAAAUUAUCGUCUUGGCGCUUUUGGUUUCUUGCCUGGUCAAGCAAUCAUUGAUGCUCAACGUUCAGGUCAGGCUGUCUUGAAUGCGGGUAUCUGGGAUCAGAGAGAAGCUCUACUUUGGAUCCAGAGGAAUAUUGAGGCUUUCGGCGGUGAUCCUUCUCGUGUGAUCUUGUAUGGUGAAAGUGCAGGCGCUGCCAAUGUUGGACAUCACUUGAUGGCUGACAAGGGAAAAGGUAGUGUUGGCCUGUUCCGUGGUGCAAUUCAAGAAAGCGGUAAUGCAGCCACAGGACGCAGAUUGCCAUCCAAUCAUCCUGACGCAGAAGCAGUAUACCAAUACGUACUCAAAGGGGCAGGUUGUUCCGAUUCAACUUCUUCAUCAGAACAAAUCGCAUGCUUGAAGCAAAAGUCAACCAAAGAAAUCACAGCUGGUAACAACUUGGUAUUGGCCAAUUCAUAUAUUGCCUAUCAGCCAACUUUGGACAACUACUUCGUACAAGAAUACCCUUCCCUCCAAUGGGCAAAACAGCAAUAUCUUCGCGUUCCAUUCAUCACAGGAGAUAAUCUUGACGAAGGUACAGAAUUUCCUUAUCCUACCACGGUAACAAACGAUGAAGACUUCAAAAAAGCACAAGUUUUCGCUAUUGGUCAAUCGAUCGAACCAAUCUUUGAUCAAAUUUUGAAAACAUGGUCUUCCGAUCCAAGACAAGGUGAACCAUACAGACCUGAUUAUUUCGGCGUAAGUUCUUCGGAUACAUUUUAUCCACCAAACGGUACGAAUCAAUACAAACGACAAGCCUCCAUGUUUCAGGAUAUCUAUUUUGAAGCAGGAAGACAUCUACAGUUGCGUGCUGCCGUUCAAGCCAAAGUUCCAUCUUGGUCUUAUAGAUUCGCACAGGCUUCACCCGUUGGAGUAGGAAUGGAUGCUGGUGUUGCAAAAGCUUCAAUGGGUGUUCAACAUGAAGCCGAAAUUCCGUUCGUUUUCGCAAAUCCC